UACAGUGGAAAAUUUCUCAUACGUGCUCAAAAUUUAGAGCACGACUACGGUAGUGCAUUCGUCUGUACAGAACAGUGACUCAUUCUUGCAAGCACUGUAUGAGAGUUGCCAUCGUUUACUUUUUUGGAAAGUUUUUCUGUCGCUAUUACAAUUGUUUCGACAUUUUGAAAUGAAUCAAUUGUGGUUUUCAUAUGGCAUCUUGGUAUAUAUGCGAUUAGAGAAAUUUUGUUAGGUUAGUUUCUAUUUGAAAAUAUGCUAAAUUUCUCUUAGUCGAUGCCUCAAGGUAUAUAUAGGCUAUACGGUAUCCAAGUCUUGCAAAAUCAAUUAGUCUCAUUGAGUUUUUGUUACAAAUAAUUAAAGCAUCGAUAAAAAGUUUGUAAAUGUGUAGUAGCGCUUUACAAUAGUAUUAAAAGAUUCUGAUUAAAAUCUGGAGAGAGUUGGCAACAACAAUAAAUGGCACGUGCAUCAGCUGUCGAAAGUUAUGACGUCACUUAGUAGUUGUAUGAUCGUUGUUUAGUGUGGUUGUGCGGCUCUCUUGGUGGCUCCUUCCUGGAUUAUUGCAUCUACUUCACAAGGCUCCUACAGAGACUCCCAUCACAUCCAUCACGUCCAGCAUGCCAGCUUGAGAUGCUAAUGUUACCCAAGUGUCCUCCAAACUGCAGAGCGUCCCACCUCCACAUCGCCCCACCUCCACGAGACCAGCUUGGCACCACAGACAACAGCCGCAUUUGGGGGUGCGGAGGGGGGGAGGGCGAGAGUGUAGCUCCAACCUUGGCUCCAGUCGACUGCACAGUGCACGUGUGUCUGCUCAUGUGACGACAGUCUGUCCUCACCAGUAGUUUUGUCUGACAUCGCCACAGUAAAUCUCAUGUAUUUGAACGUCUUUAGAGGAUUCACAAUUCGGACAGCUGAUUUAACAACUUGAAUUGUUUUCUACAAAGCUAGAUUGCGAGGCACACAUGCUGAAAAAGUGCUGUUCGCAUAAGGACAAGUGUUUAUAGACGCUAAGCAGUGACGCCGGUUCCUCGAGUCUGAGGUUCGAGCAUUCACGAUGGGAAACUACACCCGUAAACAGUGGUUAACGCUCAUCGUGUUCUGCAUUGCACAAUUCUGCAAUGCCGUGUGUGUGUCACUACAAGCACCAUUCUAUCCACAUGAAGCUGAGAUGAAAGGUGCCACAGCCACGCAGUACAGUUUCGUGUUUGCAGUUUUCGAACUUGUAGUGUUCACUGUGUGUCCAAUAUACGGACAGUUCUUGGAGAGAAUAGGAGUCAACUUCAUGAACAAUGCUGGAAUUUUCACAGUUUCAGUAUCGUGCAUUUUAUUUGGGUUUCUUAACCGGAUGAGCGGACCUACUGUUUUCUUGACAUUCUCGUUCAUCAUUCGGAUAAUAGAAGCGCUAGGUAAUGCCGCCUUCAUCACCACAGCUUUCAGCAUUAUAGCGCAGGAGUUCCCCUUGAAUGUUGCUUCUGCUUUUGCCACUCUGGAAACUUUCUUCGGGCUUGGUUUGAUAGCGGGACCCACAGUCGGAGGCGCUUUGUACGAGUUGGGAGGCUUCACUCUGCCAUUUGUGGUGCUCGGCUGCGUCUUGAUGGUCGCAGCAGCAAUGGUGUGGUACUUCUUACCUGUGGAAGGUAGUCUCAACAGACCAACUUCAAGAUACUCGGUGUUUUCGCUUUUGAGGAAACCAAAAAUAUUCCUUUUCGCCUUCACAACAAUGUCGGGGUCUAUCAGCGUUGGCUUCUUGUUUUCAACUCUGGAGCCCCAUAUACGUCCGUUGAAUCUAACUCCUCUGGAGAUCGGCCUAAUCUUCGUAUUAAACGGCUUUGCUUAUGCCGUUUCUGCGCCGAUUUGGGGCCGUUUAUGCGACAGAUGUCUUCCAGAGCGAGCUGCUACAACGAUGGGGGCUUUAACAGUCACUGUGGCUUUCUUGAUGUUGGGUCCUUCACCCAUUCUUCCCAUAAAAAACAGCUUACCUCUGUGUAUAUGUGCCUUGGUGAUUCAUGGCCUUGGCUUCGGGGCCCAGUUUGUGGCCACUUUCAGCGGGACGCAAAAGGAUGCCGUCGAGGCUGGGCUCCCUGACGAUCUCACAACCUACGGCCUCGUGUCCGGACUCUGGAAUUCUUCUUUUGCGCUUGGCGCCUUCAUCGGGCCAUCCAUCGCCGGGGUCAUGUUUGAUACCAUUGGAUUUGGUUGGGGCACCUCCAUCAUUGCCCUGCUUCACUUAUUGGUGGCCAUUGUCACAAUCUUCCUAUCUUGCUACUACCGCUACUAUCCAGACGAAGAUCUUUCUGAAAGAACGUCUCUUUUGCAAAGAUCUGCAAGAGGAAGUGAAUCCGCAGACUCCACGUAUGGCAGCGGCUGCAACUCAACCCGCGUGUCUCGCGAGGAUAUAGCUAUAGUUACUGUUGAUUAAAUUAUUACGCUUAGAAUAUUGUGACAAUAAUGGCUUUGUAUAUUUUUACUUGUUGCCGUAUGCCUCACAGUCGAAGAAAGGCUAUCGUAAGUCAAGAAAUUUAAUAGUUUCGCAAUU